UUCCGGUUAAUUGUAAACAAGUGGAGAGCCACAUGAAGACAUUCGCCUCGGAACGUUUUCAUACUGAAACUAUUUAAUCGAAACAUAUUGCGCUAAAUAACGUUAAAUGACAUUUUUGUAGUUUAGUGCACGUUAGGGUUAGAUACGUUGAAUAACACUCAAGUCAAUUUCGCACUUCUACCAUAUUUUUCUGCUACCAUAUCAUGACUUCUGGGAAAAACAGUAUUGAAAAAGUAUUGCAGUAUGAAACUUUUAUUAAUGACGUAUUGAGGAAGGACUUACAGAGUGUGUUGGAGCAAAGAGAUGGUGUGUAUGAAAAAAUAGCACAAUACCUGCAGCUCAAGAAUACAAUUAAAAACAUUCAGGAAGCUGACAGCAAAGAACUCAAAACAGAUGUUGACCUUGGAUGCAAUUUCUACGUACAGGCUCAUGUACCCGAUACAUCAAAAAUAAAUGUGGCAGUUGGAUAUGGAUUCUUUGUCGAGUUCACAUAUGCUGAGGCUUUGAAGUUCAUAGAAAAGAAGACGAAUCAGCUCACAGAGUAUACUGAAGUUCUUACCAAAGACGCAGCAAAAAUAAAGGCCAAUAUUCGCAUGGUUCUGGAGGGAUUAAGGGAGUUGCAAGACCUGAAGGAUCUUCCGGAGACCAGUCGCAGAGAAGUGUUUUAGUAUAUAACUAAUAAAAGUAUAAAGUGGCUUCUUUUGUUCCGCACUUAUGAGUGUCAUCAUGUUUGUAAUAAACUAUGUAAGCAAUCUA